UUCUUGCCUCAACUGUAUAAGUUUAAAGUGACAUGGUGACACAUAAAAAAACCCCAGUUCGCCAACAAUUUCUUAUGCAGUAGCAUUCAUCAUCGCACAGAGUGGGUUUCAACACUCUUUUUUACUUUUUGCGUCGCUGCCCGUUUACCAUACCAUACACACGCACACUACAACAUGCCUCUUCUAGACUAUACAAAAUGGUUAAACCUUUUUGACGACGUUCAAAAACAAGCGGGAGGUGCUUUUCGACAAGGGCCCCCUGAAGACUAUUUUCCACUCGAAAGGGCACCCAAAGCACCGUGCUCAAAAGCAACCUGCCAGUGCGUGCGCGUAUACAGCGUCUCUCAACGACCCGACACCUCUAAUAUCCUAGACCAUUUCUUUCAAUCGGUCACCAUCAAUGCCCGACACAGCAUGUUCAUUUCGGGCCGAACCGUCAUUUCGCCCAUUGCUAAAAAGAUUGGCAUUCCAUUGAUCGUUUACCUCGAAGCGCCACUUCAAUAUGCCAUUUGCAAACCUGAUUUACGUCCACUUUAUGAAAACCAACCCGUUACGUUUCUGCUCGCUCAACCUAGUAAUGGACUCGCGCCCAUGCAAUACCAGGACGGUGUGGGUACCGCGCUCGUUGCUCGACUUGACCAUGAACCGCUCAGCGUCGAAGAGCUGGCGGCUAUAAACGCCUAUAUACACAUGUUGAUGAAUGAACGAUAUGGCCGAGGGCCUGCUGACUAUCAGGUGCAAAAAACAAUCACGCAUGCAGAUUAUAAGCGCUUUACUACAGGCAAUCAUAAUAUUUUAUCAAGAACUUUGUACGAGCAGUGGCUCAAUUCUAAUCCUGACAGUUGUACAAUAACUUUGUAAUGAUAUGUCAAGUUUUAUGUAGUUUACUUGCUGGUAAAACAAAGGCACAAGUGGCCGCAGCCUUCUCCCUAUUUUUUGUAUACCUUAUCAUCGUAUCUUAUUUUCUCGCCAUGGUUAUGCAUGAAACUUAUUGUCAACCACACCCAUCAAUAAACCCUUAGCUCAAAGUCGUUAAAAUGAACUAUUAAAAGAAAGGAUAGAGGAAAGAAAAAUGCUCUGUGUAUGUAUGUGAAUUUAUUAUUGUUGCUGCUGCUGCUGCUAUUGCUGUUGUGAUGGAUUAUCCCCC